AUGCUAGCAAAAAUUAAGGCAAAUGUUUGGCAAAAUCACUUAAUGAAGCUUACUCCCAAAGAUGGUAGUCUCUGGAGGGAAACCAAACAAAUUCUUCGUUAUAAAUCACCAAAUCUCCCUAUUAAGAAAUCAGAUGGCAGCCUUGCCAUUUCUGACUUCGAAAAAGCAGAACUCUUUAAGGAGCAUCUUUCUCAAACUUUUCAACCACACUCUGAGAUAAUUGACAAUGAAAAUAUGAAUACGGUAGAAACGUUUCUGAAUGCUUCCCUUCCUCUAACUCUCCCUGUCAAGUCAUUUACACCAAACGAUGUUAAAUAUGCCAUACUAAAAUACUCACUAAACAAAUCACCGGGCUAUGAUCGCAUUACUGCGGAAGUAGCCAGAUCCCUUCCAACUAGAGCUAUCGUUCACAUCACUCACAUAUUUAAUGCUUCACUUAGACUUUCUUAUUUUCCUCUACUUUGGAAAUUCUCCACUAUAAUCUUGUUCCCUAAACCAAAUAAACCGCCGGACAUUCCAUCGUCACAUCGACCAAUUAGCCUUCUUCCAUUUUUCGCUAAAAUACUUGAACGAUUAAUUCUGAAACGUAUUAUACCUAUCAUUACUCAAAAGAAUAUCCUUCCAAAUACUCAAUUCGGCUUUCGGGCGUCUCACUCAACCACACACCAAGUGCACAGAGUCGUAGAUGCUAUUUCGUAUUCCCUGGAAAAAAAACUUUAUUGCAAUUGUGUGUUCCUAGACAUCGCACAAGCCUUCGAUAGGGUGUGGCACGAUGGCCUUUUAUAUAAACUUAAGAAAUUCCUUCCACCCACUUACUAUCUACUUAUCAAAUCCUAUCUAACGGAUCGAUUUUUUCAAGUUCGCCACGGUUCCGCUCUAUCUGAUUUAGCUUCUAUAAAUGCUGGUGUGCCUCAAGGUGGAAUCCUAUCUCCAAUUCUCUAUAACAUAUUUGCAUCUGAUCAACCUAUUACCCCCAACACAUCUGUAGCUGACUUUGCUGAUGACAAAGCACUAAUAUCCAUUAACAACAAUCCAAUCUUAGCGUCGAUAAAUCUUCAAACUCACCUUAAUGCUAUGGAAAAAUGGUUUACAAAAUGGCGGUUUAAAGUUAACCAGAAUAAAUCCGUUCACACAACCUUUACCCUAAGACAUACUCCUUGUCCUGGUGUUGUCCUAUAUGGAAUUCCAAUUCCCUACUCUCCAAAAAUCAAAUACCUCGGCCUUACGUUAGAUCAAAGAUUAACGUGGGCUCAUCAUAUCAGAACCAAAAGAUUAGCAUUGAAUCAUCGUCUCCGAUUACUUAAACCCUUAUUAUCCAAUAAUAAUCACACCUCUCUUAAAACUAAACUUCUUAUAUACAAAACACUAUUGAAACCACUAUGGACCUACGGCCUUCAGCUUUGGGGCAAUGCGAAAAAGACAAAUAUUUUGAAAAUCCAAACCUUUCAAAAUAUCGUGCUUAGAAAACUAACAAAUGCUCCACCUUACGUGUCAAAUCAUACACUACACACCGACUUGAAACUUAAUAAAAUAAAUGAUGAAGCUAAAAUCUUUUACAAAAGAUUCUAUUACCGUCUAAAUAAUCACCCUAAUCAAUUAAUAAAAAACUUGGCCACUCCCACAAUACCUGGAAAUCCUCCGAGACGUCUGAAGCGUAAGUGGUGUAGAGAUCUCUUAAAUUAA